UCGAGACGCUGAACCAGCAGCUGCAGGCGAAGGGCCGGGAGCUGAACGACUUUCGGGAGAAGCACAACAUUCGCCUGGUGGGCGAGGACGACCCCCGGCAGCCCCCCAAGGAGGGGGCCGAGGGGGCCGGGGCCAAGGGCAGCUCGGCCGGCGUCCUGGUCUCCUAGCUCCCCCGCCCUCCCCGUUGUUAUUUAGUGUUGCUCGUGUCGUGUUUUUGUUAAAUAAAUGUGGUUUUUUUUU